AUGUCCAUUGCAAGACACCACAGACAAAUCGGUGAAAACUUGUCCACUUUGGAAUUUGUUGAAUGGUCCAGUGGCACGAAAUCCCACCUUUUUUUGUCUGUUCUCCAGCCAAAAUUAUUACACACUAAUGAGGAUAUAAUUGGUGGAUUUCACUUUGUUAAACAUCGCCAAAUAUGUAUUAAUUUGAAAACUUCACUACUUUGUAAAAAGACCAGUAAGAAUAACUUAUUAAAGUUGUUUAUGAAACAAAUUUUAGUAAUAUUUCUGGGUGAUGAAUGUAAAUAA